UCUCUCCCCCUCUUCUUCCCCACUUCCCUUUUUCCCUUUGCUUUUCUUGCACUUACAGAAACCAUCUUCUUCUUCUUCUGCCUUUUUUCUCCUCCUUUCUGAUCUCAUUCUUCCCUUUAAAUCUUUUCUGGGUAUGGAGAAAGAUUAUUUCUUGAACGGCGCAACUCCCCCGCCACCAUUUCCGUUCUCAGUGCCCAGCUGGAGCUCUUCGGAUUGCAUUAUGAACCCGAAUUGGGACGAUUCUCUUGAUCACUACACCCAAUUCGAGUCUGCCCUGAGCUCCAUGGUGUCCUCCCCUGCCGCCUCCGCCGUGUCCGAGGGCUUGGCAAUCCGUGAACUCAUCGGAAAACUCGGCAACAUUUGCAGCUCUCCCCCCUCCUUCAUCGCCUCCUCCGCCAUGGCCGCCUCUUAUUCUGGGAACAGUGACGCUAACAUUAAUGUUCACAGCGCCAACACUUCUUGCUACAGCACGCCUCUGAGCUCUCCUCCCAAGCUCCGGUUGCCCAGUUUGGGGAACCACCACCCGCCUCCUCUGCCGGCUCUCCCGGCUGAUCCCGGCUUUGCGGAGAGAGCCGCCAAGUUUUCCUGCUUCGGGAGCCGUAGUUUCAACGGCAGAACGAGCCAAUUAGGGCUAAACACCAACUCUGAAUCGCCGUAUAGAUCUGCUGCUCCAUUACUGGGUAAUGCCAGGUUGCCUAGGGUUUCCAGUAGCCCUGCUCUUAAGCAAGCUGGAUCCCCGGUGCAAAACAGGAAUUCCGGUCUAUCCCGUGCGGAAUUGAAGCCCGCAAACCCAUUGCCUCCGGUUCCGGGCUCUGAUGCCAAUUCUAACGAGGCAUCCUCUGUUUCGGAGCAAGUUCCCAGUAGCGGCUCGAAAAGCCCUAAUGAUUUGACUUCCAGGAAGAGGAAAGCGCCUUCAAGAGGGAAAGCUAAGGAAGAUAAGGGUGUUGAAGCAGAUAAUAAUAAUAGUCCAAGCCUGAAGCGAUCCAAGGCAACUGAAGGAAAUGGGAGCGAAAAUGGUGGUAAUAAAACCACAGGGGAUGAUAGUGAAAAGCAAUCCCAGAAGCCUCCGGAGCCCCCAAAGGAUUAUAUUCAUGUUAGAGCAAGAAGGGGUCAAGCUACUGAUAGCCAUAGUCUUGCAGAAAGAGUAAGAAGAGAGAAGAUUAGUGAAAGAAUGAAGCUUCUACAAGAUCUUGUCCCAGGCUGUAAUAAGGUAACUGGAAAAGCACUGAUGCUGGAUGAAAUUAUAAACUAUGUUCAGUCCCUGCAAAGACAAGUUGAGUUCCUAUCCAUGAAGUUAGCAUCUGUAAACCCAAGACUGGAUUUUAACAUUCCACCCAAGGAUAUAUGUCAACCAAUGUGCCCAUUGGAUUCCUCGCUACCAACUUUCCAUGUUAUGCAUCAGCACCUGCAAAUUCCUCAACAACAACAUACCAAUGGGGGAGUGAACCAAUGCCAAGUGGACCCCCUAGGAAUGCAGUUACCUCCCCUAGACGGAUUCGGUGAAACCCUUAGUCAGUUCCCUCUAUGUGAUGAUGACCUGCAAAGUGUUGUCCAAAUGGGACUCAACCAAAAUCCCGGAAAGGAUAUGGCAUUGCAUCCACAAAACUACCCUGCAGUGAGUAGCCCUCACAUGAAAAUGGAGUUGUAAUCAAAUCACCUUUGGUUUAUUCUUGAUUGGAAGCCCGGAGAAGAGAUUACUGUAUAUAGGAAGAGAAUUGCUAAAUGCUAAUCCCCUAUUUAGGUCUAAUCUGAGAUGAUUAGUUUCCCUUAUUCUUAUAAUUGUAAUUGAUUUGGGCACCUAAUAAUUUUUCUUUGGGUGUGGUAUUUACUAUUUAGCAUAUGAUUUUAGAAAGCAAAGUGUAAUUUGGUGGCAAGGCCAUUAAAGGGUCCAUUUGUAAUAUAUUUAUAUAUAUAAAAGAUAUAGUAUUAUGAUUCCUUUGUAAA